GUCACAUCUUAAACGCCGCAUGUAAAGAGGUCUGAGAAGUUGCGGGUACGGUAAUCGGUCGAACUUGUGUAAUUCUGUUCCAGUGACAUCAUCGUGAGAUUUUGUGAUGGCGAAGCAUCAUCCCGAUCUUAUCUUCUGUCGCAAACAACCUGGAGUCGCCAUUGGCCGUCUCUGCGAGAAGUGCGAUGGAAAAUGCGUCAUAUGUGAUUCGUACGUGAGACCUUGCACCCUCGUACGAAUCUGCGAUGAAUGCAACUACGGAAGCUAUCAGGGUAGAUGCGUCAUAUGCGGUGGACCAGGAGUUUCUGAUGCUUACUACUGCAAGGAAUGCACAAUCCUGGAGAAAGACAGAGACGGAUGUCCAAAGAUCGUCAAUCUCGGUAGCUCGAAGACGGAUUUGUUUUAUGAACGGAAAAAAUACGGAUUUAAGAAAAGGUAG